GGCGGAUCGUCCCCCGACCUCCCUGUAUGUGAAAGACGGGGCCGGCGUCUCGGACGGAGCCGGGCCGCGGGAGGGCUGAGCCGGGAGCCGCCGCGGGAGGAGCGGAGGCUUCGGGGAGCGCUUCCUUCCCACCGCCGUGCGCGGCAGCCCCAGCAUGGAAGCCAUCGCCAAGUACGACUUCAAAGCCACGGCGGAUGACGAGCUGAGCUUCAAACGGGGGGAUAUCCUUAAGGUUUUGAAUGAAGAAUGCGAUCAGAAUUGGUACAAGGCAGAACUCAAUGGAAAAGACGGCUUCAUUCCCAAGAACUACAUAGAAAUGAAACCACAUCCGUGGUUUUUUGGAAAGAUUCCCCGAGCGAAGGCUGAAGAGAUGUUAGGCAAACAGAGACACGAUGGUGCCUUCCUCAUCAGGGAGAGUGAGAGUGCUCCUGGGGACUUCUCCCUCUCAGUCAAGUUUGGAAAUGAUGUGCAGCACUUUAAAGUGCUUAGAGAUGGAGCUGGCAAGUAUUUCCUCUGGGUGGUGAAGUUCAAUUCUUUGAACGAGCUGGUAGAUUAUCACAGAUCCACAUCUGUCUCCAGGAACCAGCAAAUAUUUCUCCGGGACAUUGAACAGGUGCCACAGCAACCAACAUACGUUCAGGCCCUGUUUGAUUUUGAUCCUCAGGAGGAAGGAGAGCUGGGCUUCCGCCGUGGAGACUUUAUCCAAGUCCUUGACAAUUCUGACCCCAACUGGUGGAAAGGAGCCUGCCACGGACAGACGGGCAUGUUUCCACGCAACUAUGUGACCCCAGUGAACCGGAACAUCUAGAGAUAAAUAUUAGAGAUUAUUUAAAGAAACCAGAGAAACCGUAAAUACACAUACAGAGCCUAACUGCAGCCAGUGACCUAAAAUCACACGGCGAUAAAACCCGAGUCACCUUUCACCGUGAGGUGAUCCUCCUUCACUCAGUACGGAACUUCAGGGGUGGCGGGGAGGGAAGAGUUCAACUUACACACCAAAACUUAUCUUAAA